AAUGUAUUUUAGGUUAUGCAUGCCUGUGAACAUUUUGUCAUGCGCUCCUUCUUAGUACUGGGUGUUUUUCAGAGGUGUUUUCAGCUCAUUUCCAUUGAGAUUUGUGUUUUCCUAGAACACUAGUAAUGACUGUUGUUUUUGAAAUAUAAGCCAGUUAAACGCUCCAUUCUUUCUUAAGAGAUGUCAGCGUAUUUACGAUUCACAUCAGAAGCUAGCCAAAAACCAUCAUGGUACUUUUAUUCGACUAUUGCUGUGAUCCCUCCUCUUAGUGGAUUUUUUUAUGGAGUUCAUACGUUUUGGUUGGCUAAAUACAAAAAACUUGUCGAAUACUGUCAGAAUGGUAAGCCAGCACCAGUACCAGAGGAUCUUAAAGAAAUGUUUAAUGCGGUGAAAAACGAUUUACCAAACCAAGAUGCAUUUUACCAAAAAUUCAUGAAUGUUUUUAUGGUCAAUGGAUUUGACCCAUUUUAUGCUGGAUCUACAAGAACUCUUUAUGGAGGCAUUGUUGGGAUUCCAAAAACCUUCACCUAUAAAUCCAUUAAAGAUGCUCUAGAUGAAGCAAAAGAUAUUCGGAUUCAGGAUUCUCCUAUUAUGUGGGAUUACGUCGAACAGGAAGUAAAAGAUAAAUUAUUUAAUUCUCUUGUCUUUAGUGAAAAAGCUAUCAAGUAUGCAAUGGCUUAUAAUUGUAUCCUAAUUGAUGGUGUCAGUGUUGCUUUUUAUGCCUUUUACCCAGCAUUGCUAGCUGUAUUGAAUGGUGUGAUUGGUGACUACACCACCCAAAAAUAUAAACUCAAUAAUAAACCAUUCAUUGUCAAAGCUGCAGCUGCACUCGGAAUUUGCACCUUAUCAGUUUGCACUUGGAUUUCUCUUGUAAAUGUUCACAAAAAUGUACAAGAAAAAACUGCCAAUAAGGUAGUGGAAGAAAUGGAUGAGGAAUAUCUUGAGGGUGCCAUCGAGUAUUGGAGCAAGAUUGUAGAUCGAAACCUUGCUCUACGGCAUUUAAUGAAAGAUGGAGAAAGUAGAUAUUCUCCUCAAGGAAAGGAGAUUUUCUUGUUAGGAUCCCCAGGCAUUAAUCCUGUCGAUCAGAAAGCAAUCUACGAAAAACUUUUGGAAGAGCGGAAAAAGAAGAAAGAGGAGGAAGAAAAUGUAACUGAAUGAUUUUUUUUUCUUUUUUGUUCCAUGAGCACCUAAUGGUUCUUUUCUACUGUAUUUUGAAAUACUUUGUGUUUUAAAUGGAAAUGACUGAAGGCUUUUGCAAGACCAGUUCUUUUUAUACCUAUAUGUUUAAUUAAAAGUCCAUUUUGUUCCAAAA